AAUUAAUUCGGACUCGUUAGUUCGAGUUUGUCCACGCGGUCAAACUUUCUUGGAUUUGCCAUGAGAGGGCACGUGAGGUUUAAAAGAAUGGCAUAACGAAUCUGUUUGGAUGAAGGGUAGGCGCGAAUUUUCUUGAAAAUUCGUUGAUUGGUCGAAAUGAGUAGUCGCGCGUGGUACUCGCAAAUAGUGGGGUGAAGAAAGAGAUAUAGUCGUUUACCGUCAACGACAGAGAGCGCUACGGUCGCGCGUCGUUCUUUGUUUCAUUUAGACGAUCAGUUCGUCUCGUCCAGCAGCGCAGAGAGGCCGGUCGAACAAGAAAAUUUCGAGAAAACGAGGGGUGUCAAAGCUAUUCGUAAUAAUUUCAACGACGCCGAACGUUACCCCGACGCUCGAAAGACGACGCGCAUUCUCCGCGACAUGCUAGGACGGACGUGAAGCUGUUCAGUAAACGCGUUGCGAUCGAUUCGCAAAUCGUAUCCCUGGAAAUAAAACGCGUAUUCGCGUAGUGUAAAAAAGUGUGCAAAGUGUGCGAGAGGAGAAAGGCAUUGGAGGUGAACAAGAAGAAAAGGAAUAGAGAGAAGAAAGUGCAGGAGGAGGAGGAAGAGGAAAAGAAAGUUGCGGUGGCGGUGGUGUAGAACGAAGAAGCAAGGAAGAACGAGCGCGGAACUACGUUUAGAUAGCGGCGGUAGCAUCGGUAUACCGAAGGUGUCGAAUCGUUGAACGGGCGGACCCAAGGAUUCGCCGUCUCUCGCUCCCAUCUCUCUUUCUCCCUUCUGUCUUUCUCUCUGCGCGUGUGUGUGUUACGUGUGAGUGAGUGAGUGAGUGAGUGCGUGCGUGCGUGAGUGUGUGUCUCGUACCGUUUCUACGUCACUAAGUCGCGCUCAUCGGCUAGCUUGCCGGUGCCGAAGAGAUACGGAGCGUGCACGUUUGUUCUUGGCCUCGAGGAAGGAAGAGAAAAAGGAAACGAACAAAACAGAAGAGAAGAGGAAGGAAGAAAGAGAAAAGCAGUGCUGCAGGAUAGGAGGUGGCGUAGUGCGAGUUGAAUCAACCGGCAUCAUCCACCCUUUCUCGUUCUCUCUUCGUAAAAGUUAUUGGACGCAACGGGAGGGGGGCCGCCCUUUUACGACAGAGUCUUCGUUUCUCGCGCGUGCUACGGAACCUCCAGCGUCUCCACCAUCACCUGCUUCUUCUCUUCCUCCUCCUCCUCCCCCUCCCCUUCCAUCAUCACCUCCUGUUCCUCAUCCACCUCCACCACCACCACCACCACCUCCUUCUCCACCUCCAUCACUUCGUCUCGUCUCGAAAAAAUAUAUCCUUCCCUCUCCUCCCUUCUUCCCCUCUCUCCCAUCGAUCGAGCAGUGCAUGUGAGAGAGUGCGCCGCGUCGAGUUUCUUCUCGUCCGGCGCGCGUUUGUUUGUGCUACGACGAAACGGGGUUAACGGCGAAUCCAACGACGACGGCGGUGGUAGUGACGACGCAACGAGUUCUGCUUACGUCGGAGACGGUGGAGAGUUUCGGAGUAGGAUACGGCCAGGGUGCAGGCACGAGCACAGGCGACUGGAUGAAACCACCGGGGGAUCUCUUUCUUUACUGCGACAUGAAGGAUCUGGGAGCCGAUAUGAUCGCUCCCUCGGCAAAAAAGCUCUGGGGUGUGGACGAAGGCGGUUCCAAGGACGAGGGUGGUGUAAAAGGUGGUGGGAUACUUCACCUGGGCGACCACCAAAUGUGGCGAGAUUCUACUUGGAGCACCUCAGAUCAUGCAGUGUCACAACCAAUAUCGAUGGGUACGGGUAGACGUGUGGGUGUUGGGACCGGAUAUCAUCAUCAAACUUCAGAAGUUGGGACAGUCCUCAGCCCUAGAAGCAGUGAAACGGGUGGAUUGGGAGUUAAGAUGGUUGAAUAUGUACUUGGUUCAAGUCCCACAACACCGAAAGAUUUAGAACCUCGAAUGGUCUCUCUUAGAUUGAAUACCGACACAGAUAAAAAAGAAAAAGACAAAGGAUCUGCUAGUCCUUUUGAUAGUUCGAAGGAUGAUGCUGGUCCACAAGGAAAUGGAUUAGCAUCGCAAAAUGGUCUUGACGAUGAUAAAGGUUUCAAUCGUACACCCGGUAGUCGUCAACCAUCUCCAGGCGAGGAAGAAUUUCAGAAAAAUGCUGCAGCAACGUUAGCAGUAAGCGCUGGCGGUGGUGGAGUCGUUUUGUUAAAACCAGGUGUUGAUGUUGUUGGAAGCGAGGAACAUUUUAUGGCAGCGUUUGCUCCAGCGCCACCACAUCAUCUUCAACAUCAUCAGGCUCCACCUACGCAUCAUCUUCAACAUCCUCAUUCUCAUGCGGCACAACUUUUUGGGGCGCAGGCGCCACCACCUCCGCAAGCUCCGCCACCUUCUCAGCAACAACAACAACAGCAAGGCCCACCUCAACCGCAAGACACUACAACUCAUUUUGACGUACAGCAAUUGUUUCGCAGUCAGCCGCAAGGUGCAACACCGCAACAACUUCAAUUGCUUCAACAGCAACAACAGCAGCAACAACAACAACAAUAUCUGGCCGCGUCUCAGGCUCAACAGCAACAACAGCAACAACAACAGCAACAACAAAAUUUUCCCACGGCACCGUACACCGUUAUCAGUGGACAAGAACCAUACGUAGGAGCUUUGAUAGCUGGUGCACCGCCACCAGUGGUACCUCAGUAUUAUGGAGUUGGCCCGUGGGUUUAUCCCGCUGGUCUACUACCGCAAGCACCUCCGCAAGCUGCGGCCCCACCGCCACCGAGACGACCCUUGACACCUUCCUCGGCAGCGGCAGCUGCGGCUGCGGCUCAAGACACAGCAAAUAAUUUGGCACAAACGGUUCAAGGUCAAUACCAGGUCAUACCAGCUUAUUACGAUCAAAAUGGAUCCAUAGUUAUGGGCGGUGUACGCGGCCUUAGUUCCGCGGCAACUCCGAUGAGAUUAGUCAGCCCAGCACCCGUUCUAGUGAACAGAGCUCCUUCUCAACCACCUCCUGGACCACCUGCUCCUCCGCCACCGAGUCUCUAUUCACAGGCGACCCCGACAUCCCAUAGUAAUGCUACGCCUGGUGAAUGUUUAGGUUUGGCAGCGUGCAGCGCAGCAGCGGUCGUUGCGCAAGCUCAGGCAGUUGCCGCACAACAAGCACAACAACAAGGAUCAGGACUUGCCGCAGGUCUAGCGGCUUUGGGAUACGGAGGUUCUCCUCUUGGAGCAUUGGGCUCUCCUGCCCAACUUCAAACAACAGGUUUGGGGCUUGGAGCAUCAUCGACAGGAAGAAGGGAUUCCUUCGAUAGAAAUACAUCGGCAUUUAGCCCAAGUUUGGAGUACAGUCGAGCGAAAUGGCCACAAAGUUAUGGAGCUCUUGGUACAGUAACAGCUUCUCCGAGUCCACUAGGAUUAUCUUUGACUCCACCACCAACUUUGGGAGGAUCCUUGGGUGGACUUGUAGGAGGUGCGAAUCGAGUAUCAGCUGCUCCAGGUGCCGAAGCUAAAUUCCGUGCAAGCGCUGUACCAGCACUAACAGCUAAUGGUGUAUUUGGCUCGAGUAGUUCUCUUUUCCCGAAUUUGGUCGGUAAAGCUGGUCGUACAGGAGCUACGAAUAUCGGAGACAAAAAUGCUGGAGGUCGAUCUCGUCUUUUAGAGGAUUUUAGAAAUAAUCGAUUCCCAAGUCUUCAAUUACGUGAUUUGGUUAAUCAUAUCGUUGAGUUCAGUCAAGAUCAACACGGUUCACGUUUCAUUCAACAAAAGUUGGAACGUGCUUCUGCCAGUGAGAAACAUCUUGUAUUUCAAGAGAUACUUGCUUCUGCUUAUUCUCUUAUGACAGAUGUUUUUGGGAAUUAUGUUAUACAAAAGUUCUUUGAAUUUGGAACACCCGAACAAAAAUCUACUCUAGCGCAAAAGGUUCGAGGCCAUGUGUUACCUCUGGCACUACAGAUGUAUGGUUGCAGAGUAAUACAAAAAGCUCUUGAAUCUAUUGGACCUGAACAGCAACAAGAAAUAGUGCGAGAAUUAGAUGGGCAUGUGUUGAAAUGCGUUAAAGAUCAAAAUGGAAAUCACGUUGUUCAAAAAUGUAUCGAAUGUGUCGAACCAAGAGCAUUACAGUUCGUUAUCGGAGCAUUUGCUGGACAAGUUUAUUCAUUGAGUACUCAUCCAUACGGAUGUAGAGUAAUUCAGCGUAUACUGGAGCAUUGCACUCCGGAACAAACACAAGGGAUCUUACAAGAAUUGCAUGCUGCCACCGAUCAGCUUAUACAAGAUCAGUAUGGUAAUUACGUCAUUCAGCAUGUACUCGAGCAUGGAAAGCCAGAAGAUAAAACACAAUUGAUCAGUAGCGUUAGGGGUAAAGUACUUGCGCUUUCUCAACACAAAUUUGCAAGCAACGUCGUGGAAAAAUGUGUCACCCAUGCUACGAGACAGGAACGUGCUGUUCUCAUUGAAGAAGUCUGCGGUUUCAAUGACAACGCGCUUAACGUUAUGAUGAAGGAUCAAUACGCUAAUUACGUGGUACAGAAGAUGAUCGACGUGGCAGAACCUGCACAACGUAAAGUGUUGAUGCACAAGAUUCGCCCGCAUUUAGGAAGUCUCCGCAAGUAUACGUAUGGCAAACAUAUAAUCGUUAAAUUAGAAAAAUUCUUCAUGAAGACAGCAUCCGCUAUGGGAGUAUCGACGCCAGCUGGUGCCUCGAAUAGCAGUGGAGAUCUUGGACCGAUCGGACCUCCAGCAUCCGCUGCUGGUACUGUUUCCACGCCGGCGCAACAGCCCACGCAGGUUUUAUAAGCGCACGAUUUUUGCAACUCUCUUCUCUCCCCCCCUCCCACCAAAUAAGCAGAAUUUUCACAUGCCCGACACAACCAUAUUUUACGGUAACAUCGAUUAGACUCAUUCUGCAUCAUCUGUUGACAUCAUCAUAUUGACGCAUUUCGAGAGUUACGUUACGAUUAUCUUUCUUCGUGUAUAAGAAACUAAGAAAGAAAGAAAGAAAGAAAGAAAGAAAAAGAGAAAACUAAUCUAGAAUUUAGCAGGUUCGUUAAUGCAAAGAAAGUAUGGUUGUUAUUAUUUCUUGCAGCAUUAUUAAACUUUCAUUAUUUGUACAGAUUUUCGAAAACUUCAUUGAUAAAAUGAGAAUCAUGGCACGAUAUAUACACACACAUAUAUAUAUAUAUACAUAUAUAUAUAUAUAUAUACAUCAUUUUUUUUUCCUUUCAUGAAAAGUAAAUGUUUCCAGAGGAGAAACAAACAAGGAAGAAAAAAAAGAACACGCAAAUUCUUAGAUUCGAUGGUUAAAAAAAAAAAAAAGAAAGAAAGAAAGAGAGAAAAGAAAGGUGCGAUAGUGCAUUUUUUCUAUCGUUGCAUUAUUAGAGAAGAAAUAUAUUCAUCGAGAGUUUCAUGUAUUAAUUGAAUUGUAUUCAAAUAUCGUACGGAGUUAGCAUUAUUAAUGAAGUUCGUCAAUGAGUUUUCGUGUGAGAAGACGGUAAACUAUGGGCAUGUUAUAUAUAAACAAACAAAUAAUAACAACAAACAAGAAUAAAAUGAAAGAAUGAAAGAGGUAGAUAAACGAAUAUAUGUGAAUUAAUCGUAGCGGCUAAGAUGGUUAUAUAUUAAUAUAUAUAAAGAAAUCGACCGAAGAGAUACGAUUAAAACUCACAUAAAUAAUGAUUAAGAUCGAAAAGUGUUAUUGAAAGGUUUGUAGAAGUAAAGCAGCAGCUCUGCUAAUGUGUGUAGAGCUAGAGACAGAGAGAGAGAGAGAGAGAGAAAGAGAGAGAGAGGAGAGAAAGAGAGAGAAUGAGAGUGUGAGACAAAUUUCAACGAUGAAUAGGAGCCGAGAGAGAUGACCGUAUUCGCGCAGAUAUAUUAAAUCGAAAAGUGCGUAUAAUAAGAGCGAUUCGAAGCGAGUUGUCGGCGAUAAUGUAGGAGAAACUCGGCAUAGGAAGAAAGAAACUAAGGAUCGCGGAUGAGAGAGAAACUAAAGGGAUGUUUAGAGCCAGCUAGCAUAGUCGUUAGUGUGCUGCAUGCAUUUAUAUUGUAUUGCGCGCGCGCGCGCGACAAGCAUGUACCGCGUAAUAAAUAUAAGCAGCGUUAAUAAUCGUAAAAAAAAAGUCGUCGCGAAGAUGCUCAACCAACAUCUUUUUAAAACGUUCGCGAGUCUGCAUGUCAACGAACGGUAGUCCGACUUUUUUUUUUCUUUUUUUUCUUCCCCUCCCCCCUCUCGUUUCGCGGUAUAUACUUGAUCAAAGCACGUAUUUGCAACAAAUAUAAACAAAGAAGAAGUAAGAUGAAGAGUUUGAGAGAAUAGAGAUUAGCAGCUAUACAGAUACAUAGCAUUUGACAUGAGAACGAAGCAAAAAUGAAUAAACAAACAAAGCAAGUAAACAAACAAACAAACGAACGAACUAACAAACUAACUAAUUAAUAAAAUAACUGAAGCACCCACUGACUUGACCUUGACCGCUGAUGAUCUGCCCCUUGACUGCUUCGAACGUUCAUAUUGAAAGAAAACAAAAAGACCAACUCUAAUAAUCGCUCAUUUUACAUCGUGACAAAUUUCGGAGGCGAACGGAAAGAUAUAAUUAUUAAUAUUAUUAUUAUUUUCUAAUUUUCUUUUUUUUUCCUCUCAUUUCUUUUACUUUUCCUACUUAUAUAUAUAUAUAUUUUGUUUUCUUUCUUCCUCUUUAUCUUUAUUUUUUAUUAUUAUAUUUUUCUCUCUCUAAUACGUGUGGUUUACUUAGAAAAGAAAGACAGGCAAAGAAUAAGGAGAAACAACGUGCCGACACUACCACAUAUAUAUACAUAUAUAUAUAUUUUUUUCUCCUUUUUUUUUCGUUUUACAUUUGUUGCCCUCCCAUCGUAGAACGGGCGCCAUUGUUUAUUUUUUCUUUUCUUAAUUUUUUUUUUGUUUUUUUUUUUGUUUUUUACUCUCUCUCACACAUCCAUCAUCCCCUUAUCUCCCCCACAUUCUCCUUCGAAACCCUCCCAUCUCCACCCCAACCCCCUUAGAUCCCUCGAAUUUUGUAAAUUGUGAUAUAAAUAAAUAACAAAUGUGUAUAGGUACGACGUGACAUCCGAUCGCGCGAGGAAGCGUAAAUUAAAAACGGAUAUUUUGUUUCUCACGGGAAUUCCCUCUUUUUAACGGACUCUGUGAAUAUUGUAUAUUAUAAUAAUUACUAAUUAUAUUAAAUUUAAAUAUGUGGUUUACGUUCUAUAAUAUGCUGCUGCUGCUGUUGCUCCUUCUCCUUUUCCUUUUCCUUUUCCUUUUCCUUCUUUCCUCCUCUUUCCCCUAUCCUCUCCUACCUUCUUCUCCUCUUUCAUUGAAGAAAAUAUGAAUGAAUAAGUUAACAUUUUAUAUAUACCCACAUCCCUCUUUGUCCUUCUUUUUACAAUCCCAUUUUUUCAUGUCCAAACCUCGUAUCAUAGAAAUUUCUUCCUUUCCCCACUCCCUCACCUUUUCUCAAAUGUAAAAUACGAAUAUUUUUGACAAAAGAAUAAGCGCUAGGAAAGAAAAAAGAAAAAAAAUUCCUUUCCCUACUCUCCCUUUCUUCAACUCUCUUAUAUCUAUAGAACUAUCCUUUUCCUCCUUCUUCACCUUCUUUUUUUCCUCUCCUAUUUAUCCGUCCUUCCCUAUUUUUUCAAAUAAUUGCAGCGUUUACGGUGAUCUUUGAACGUAACUAAAAACUUAUUGUAUAUUGUAUAAACGAUAACCGCGUUCUUUAAACAAACAAACAAACAAACAAACAAACAAGCAAGCAAACAAACAAACAAACAAAAAGGAAAAGAUUGUCAGGAAAAUAAUGUGCACAAAAAGAAAGGUGUGUAUGAUAUAUUAUUUUUGCGCCAUCCCCUUCUUGUUUCCCCCCUCUUAUUCUCCACGCAUUACCGGCACACUGAUUACAUAUUUUUUUUCUUUGUAUUAUAUUAUUGACUAUAUGGAAUAACGACAAUUUGAAAUAAGCCCGCCUCUCAGCUAUUUUCAUCGCGAUCACGAUGACUACACCUUCCACAUUCAAGAUUUUAUAAUAUUAAUAAUUAUAAUAAAUAAUAAUGAUGAGAUGAUGAUAAUGAUGAUGAUGAUAUGAUGAUGAUGAUAAUGAUGAUGAUGAUGAUGAUAUGAUAAUGAUGAUGAUAUGAUGAUGAUGAUGAUGAUGAUGAUGAUGAUGAUGAUAAUGAUGAUGAUGAUUUUGAUGAUGAUGAUGAUGACGAUUUAAUAUUAAUAAUAAUAAUAAUAGGAAUAAUAAUAAUAGUAAUAAUAUAAUAAUAUAAUAAUAAUAAUAAUAAUACUAAUAAUAAUAAUAGUAACAACGUGUAUCAAAAAGAGAAAGAUUUUUAACAACUUAUUAGUUGCUUUUUUUUGUCUUUUAUUCGCAACAUUUUCGAACUUUUCAAACUUACGUUUACGCUCUUUUACUUUAUUUUUAAUAAUUUAAGAGAGAGAAAAAGAUAGAAAGAAAAUGUGCAUACCGAGUCGAUCAUUCGGAAUGUUUAUUUAAAAAAUCGUCGAUGAUUUAACACAAUUAUGAUCUUUCGUUCAUCAAAGAGAAAUUUGUUGUAAGAGAGCUCGAAAUCGCUCGAAUCGUAUGUGGUUAAUCGUCAGUUUUUUGUUCCUCUUUUUUAUUCUUUUUUUUUUUUUUUUUAUUUCUUCUCUACGAUUUAACAGGCAGCAAAAAAACCAUCUUCGUCAAAAUGGAAGAAUCCAUCGCAGAUCGAUUAAUUUCGUAAUAUAAAAGUCAAAUGAUAUUUCUUUUUGAACAGAUUUUAAUGAAGUUUCCUCUAAUCGCGUGUACAAGUAUAGUAUCGAGAAAGAAAAAAAAAGAAGAAAAAGAAACUGACGGGAACAGUUGGAUUAAUAAAGAAAAGCAAAAGAAUAAUUGUAAAAGAACGGCGAUCGCGUGUAUUCGAUCGAGUUGCAAACUUGACUCGUACAAUGUACAUAAAAAUAUAUAAUACCAUAAAACGUAGGCUGUUGUCCGCGAAAAGUGGAUAUUUUUCACUUACUAAAGGCGAAGAAUAAUACGAGAGAAUGUAACUCUCGAGGCUCGUGUGUGUUGAUUUUGUAUAAUAAGUAUAAAACAAAUGAUAAAUAAAUAUAAAAGAAAUGAAAGGAGGGAAAAGUAAUUAAAUAAAAAGUAAAAAAGAAAUGAGAAGAUAAUGACGAAGAGAAAAGGAAUCGAUUAAGAAAGAAAUAAAACUAAAGUAAUGAAAGAGAAAAGAGGAAGAAUAUCGCAGCUUUCAUUGUAAAAUAUUGUAAAUAACGAUUUAUUAACGAAAAGUUGACAAAUUCUUAGGUACAACAAUCCCUUCGACCCUACUCGCCCACCCUCUUUCUCAGUCUUUCUCUUUUUUCCCAUCCCUUCUAAUAGGAGUCGAGAUGAAAUAAUUGUAAUGUACGUAUACAUUGUCGCGAUUGCAAAGUUAUAAAGAAAGAGAAUGUUAAGGAAAAGAGAAAGAGAAAUUUUAGGAUGAAAAUUAGAAUAUUAGAAAGAAAAUGAGAGAGAGAGAGAUAGAGAGAUACGAGUUGAGCAGAUAAUAUAAAAAUUGACGAUAAGCCACAUACGAUUUUUGAGUAUAUGAUCAUUAUAAAAAUUAUUAUGAUUGUUGAUAAUAAAAAUGAAACAAGUGUGAAGGAAAAAAGAAAUGAUAAAAGGAAUGAUGGUAUGACAAAUAUGACAAUGAUCCAUGUUUGAAAAUCGCUGAGAGGACGCGGCCGCCAAUUCCGCGGUAACGAAUAUAUCAAAGUUGCAAAGAAAAAGAAAAAGAAAAAUCCUGAUAACGGUAUCGAUCUAUACGAGCUUUUCGUGAGAGAAUAAACAAAAUGAAAAACGAAACAACCACAACAACAAUAAUAAUAAUAAGAAAAAUAUAAAACAAAAGCCGGUCAAACAAACAAGACAUUCCAACCGCCACUUGUACACCCUUCUUCUCGAGUCGACAGGAGAGACUCUUUUCACCGUUUAAAAAAAAAAAAAAAACAAACAAAACAAAAUAAAAUAAAAUAAAACAACGCGACAUGUUAUAUAAAUAAAGUACUACAGCGUGAACUUGUAAUAAUAAUUAAGGAAUGGCGAUAGUUCCUUCAUCUGUGUAAAUCGCGCGCUUCAUCUGUAAAUUAAAGACGAAAAUACGCCUCAUCUGUAAUAGAUCCAUCGAUCACCUGUCGAACUGCGAAAUGCAAAGAGACUAAAUUAAGCGAAAGAAUAGUAACAAGUAAAAAAAAAAAACAAACAAACAAACAAAGCGAAAGUUGAUUAUACAAAAUCUCUCAUGUCUUAUCAGCUAACGUUGCCGUAUAUAAUUAUUAUUAUUAUUAAUUAUUAUUAUAUUAUUAUUAAUUAAUUAUUAUUAAUUAUAUUAUUAUUAUUAAUUAUUAUUAUUAUUAUUAUUAUUAUUAUUAUUAUUAUUAUUAUUAUUAUUAUUAUUAUUAAUAUUCUUAUAUUACAAUUACUCUUAUUAUUGCUAUUAUUAUUACUAUCGUUUGAUUAACGUCCCAAUUUCCUCAUAUUGAUUACUCAUUAUCGCUCUUACUAAUCGUUAGAUUACACGAGACACUAACACGUGUGUGUAUAUGUAUAUAAAUAUAUAAAUAUAUAAAUAUAUAUAUAUACACACACAAACGCGCAUCACAUAUAUAUACACACAAAAACUUUCUCUUUAUAUAUAUAUACAUAUAUAUAUAUAUACACACCACAUAUAUACAUAUAUACAUAUAAGCACGUAACGAGAAAAAUCCCACGCAUAUAACAAGGUUAUACAUACAACAUAGAAUAUUCUAGUACAUACUUUCUUUCAUCUCUCUUUGGCUAUCGACCCUUCCUUCCCUCACCCACUACCCCAUAUGCGAUCAGACAACUUUUUCGUAAUAUCUUUAGUCUGAAUGUUUAGUGGUAGGUUUAAACCUAAUUGCUAUUGUUCUUAUAUCUACUUAAGCUCCAAACAAACAGUUCUUAACGAUUUUUGAUUAUAAAUAGUGUAAAUUUUUUAUAUAGCGUGGAAAUGGUAAAUAUUAUUGGUGGCACAGCUUGCCCAUGAGAAAAAAUGCUGCGAGCGGUCCAUGUAUAAAAAGAAAAACAAAAAAAAAAGCAAAAAAAAAACAAAAUUGAAAUGAAAAUUACGCAUUCAAUAGCCUUUUUUCGGUAUUUCUAACUUAAUUGUAUGUAAUAAUUAUCUUCUUGCGUCGUCGUCGUCGUCGUCGUCGUUGUGUGUCUUGUUUCUUAUUUUUGUGAUUUUUUUUUUCUAUCUCUAUUGAUCUUUUUUCUUUCUUUUUUCUUUUCCUUUUUCUCUUUUUCUCCUUUUCUUUCAUAUAAAUAUAUAUAUAUAUACAUAUAACACACACAUAUAUAUAUAUAUACGAUUAUUUUUGUCUCCCUUUAAAUUCGCCUCGUCGGCGAAUUGUACUCAUUCAGGCUUGCCACAAAACACCCUUCGAUGGGAGAAUGGAAUUUGGGGAGAAAUGGGGGAAAAAAAGAAAAUUAAAUAAAUAUACUUAGCCCUCCUUUCUCACUCGCCCCGUUUAUCUUACGUUGCUCCAUACUAUUUGUUAUCGAAACGUAUUAUAAAAAAAAAAGAAAACUCCCACGAAAACGUGUGUAUUUAGCCUGAAUAGUGCGAUUCGUACCUACAGGUCGACUGGGAAAGAUUAUUAUCGCGUUUGAGGGAGAAAAAAAGAAAGGAUAACACGACCGUCAAAUUUUUGUUAUUAUUAUUUCUUCUCAAUUUUUCCAUUAAUAACGAUCGACAAAAGCAAAUCGAUAAAACGCGAGUCGAUUGAUCGUUAAAAAAUUUCAAAGCAAAGUCGUGUCGUGAGAUCCUAUUUUUCCCUUAACAACUUUAUCGGCACCCUGAUAUAAAUUCACCCUCUUUCUCUCUCCUUCCCUUUAAAUAAUGAUUAAAAGAAAAAAAAGCAAACAAAAACAAAAUAAAAGAAAAACAAAGAAGUCUCGGUAGAUUUGGAAAAAAAGAAGUUCCCGGCAGGGCAUGUAGCGUUAAAAAAGAAAGGAUUAAGUGACCCUAUAAAUAUUGUAUACCUAACACAUACCUUAAUCCUAUCGGUAUAUAUAAAAAAAAUAUAUAUAUAUAUACAUACAUAAAUAUAUAUAUAAAUAUAUAUAUAUAUGUAAUAAGUACUAUUUAAAUAUUGUAACAAUUGUAUAUGAUUUUAAUACUACACACUAAUUGUAUUAUAUAUAUAAUGAAAGAUCUGCGACCUCCCACUUGUAGAACACUGAGCAUCGCAUGUAUACUCGUUCGCUCACACGGUACAUUCAUACAUACAUGUAUACAUACAUCAUACAUACAUGCAUAGAUACAUACAUGUACAUUACAUAUACAGACGACACACAAACAUACAUAUAUAUAUAUAUAUAUAUGGUUACAAAUGGAGUGACACGAAACAUAGGACAUCGACGUAAUCACUUGCGUGCACAAAUGCGAGACACAUAUAUACGCACCCAAAUAGUGCGAUAAAAGACGCUGCGAUUAAGAAAUACGACGAAUAAAAUGCAAAAGAUCAGUGUAGCGAAAUGAUAAAGUAAACGCAAAAAUGUAUGUAACAGCGUGAUAUUUCUACGCUUUCAUCGCGUUUUCUAGCCUGUGCUCCUCGUGCUGCUUUGUACGCGAAUAAUACACACAUAAAUACGCACAUACACGGUAUACACACCCAUACACAUAUACACAUACACGUACCAAUUUCACAAACAACAUUCACUACCUAUACCCACCGUUUUCAACUGCCAUGGCGCUGAUAUAUGUGAAAAGAGAAAUCAUGAAAUAAUAAUUAAAAAAAUCAAUAAAAAAAAAAAAAGAAUAAAAAAUAAAACUAACGAACGAACGAAAGGCUGAACCGAUCCAUCCUGCGUCGGAUCUUUUUCGCCUGAUCAAGGCGAAAAGGCGAAUGAAAUAAAGAGAGAACAAAAAACAAAAACAAGUAAAUAAAAUAACAAAUAAAUAAAUAAAUAAAUAAAUAAAUAAAUAAAUAAAUAAAAAGAAAGAACAAGACGUAGAUCAAGGCGGGAAUGGUGCGCCCUGAUAUUAAAGACUGAUGUACAGUUGCGCGCUAUUCUCUCAUCGCUUAAAUCAUAAUUCACGUACACAUACACACGCACACAUACACGACAUACACCAUUAACGUAUACGAUACAUCAUGUCCAUGUCACAUACCAUGUCAUACCAUACACUUAUAAACACAAUACACUUUCCUCGAUGUCACACACACACACACACACAUUAAUCGCAUACAUACACCCACCAAUGCGACACGUUAAAUAAUACACGUAAACAGAAAUAUGGAUUCGCAGGGAUAACAAUGAAACGUUUGGCAGGCUGCGACGUAAAUCGUUGAGGGUUGGACCGUCGGUGGAUUUAAAAUUUUACGCCAUAAAUCAAAACUUUCUCUCGUCAUAGCAAUGUUUCGUUUCUUCUUAUUUUCUUUUUCUUGUUGUUUUUUCAUUCUUUUGUCUGUUUCUUGUUUUUUUUUUUUCGAUGUAAUUAAGAAAAGAUUCGACCGAUUAAAGCAAGAUCGUUAAUUGUUGUUCUUCGAUUUUAUGAUUAAAAGGAUUUUCUUUUGUAAAUUCGAUUUGUUAUAUUUAAAAGGAGAAAAGAAAAAUAAAUGAAAAAUAAACAUUACCACCGAUCGACGUUCACACUUACGAAGUGCGUCGCGUACUGAUAUUCGUCUGAUAUAUGUCAUAUAUGUAUGCGUAUACACACUCAUUCGUCGAGCAUCGCCGAUUCUUACGCGCCCGAUAUAAGUGAAAUAAUGGAAAACGAAAGAAAGUUGCGGCGUAACGAUACGAAAUCGAUUUUGAAAAUUCUUUCUUUGAGAUUUAAAAUUCGACAAAAGAAAAAAAUAUAUAUGUAUAUGUAAAAGAAAAGGAAAUUAAAAAGAAACAAAAAUCUAAUUAAAUUGGAUCUUUGGAAAUGUUGAAAUUAAUAUAACUUGCUGUAAAGCGUUGUAAGAAUUGGCCGAUGUUGAUCAAAACACGCGGUAGUUUGACAAGAGGAAAGAAAGGAUUAAAAAACAAAAAAAGAUGGAAGAGAAAGAAAAAGAAAUUUAACUGUAUUCUACGCUACGAGAUAAAUUAGAUAAGUGGGACGGAAAGGCAAACGCAUUAUUGGGAAAAAACAACCAAACAAACAGACAAACAAACAAAAAGAGAAAAGAAUAUAACAAGAAUCUUGUGUAACUUGUAUAUUAGUGUAUAGAAUGUAGAGACGCGAUAUAUGAAAUAGCCAUGAGAAAAAAAAUAAAAUAAAAUCAUUUUCGACGAUGUUUUUUACAACAGGCAGAAAAAGUGCGAGUAGUAGACGUGUCAUUAUACUACCAUUUAAGUAACGACAGAAAAAUAAUAAACACACACGUAAUAAUCACAAAAGAGAGAGAGAGAGAGAGAGAGAGAGAGAGAGAGAGAGAGAGAGAACGAGAGCGAGUGUGAGAGAGAGAGAGAGAGAGAGAGAGAGAGGGAGUGUAUACUACGUACGUACGCUGAGCGUGAGAGAGAGAGAGAGAGCGAGCGAGCGAGAGAGAGAGAGAGAGAGAAACGACAUUUUUCAAAAAAGAAAAAAAAAGAAAAAAACAAUACACAAAUGAAUGAUAGUGUUGGAACAUGAAAGAAUCGCACUAUGAUUUUGGCACCACGGACAGUUAAAGAAAAAAAAAAAACAGUCAAAUUUUUCAUCUGAUACAUCCCCUCGUACAAAAUAGAUAGAUUCGUCCAUUUGUUUUUGUCUUUUUUUAAUAUUAUUAUUAUUAUUAUUAUUAUUAUUAUUAUUAUUAUUAUUAUUAUUAUUAUUUUGUUGUAUUUGUUUUUUAACGUUGUCCUUUCUUCUUUCAAAGAAUCGAUAAUAAUUAAUAAUCGGCCGUCAAUCGUUUGAAAAAUAAGAAAAGAACAAUUCGCCGAAAGAAAGGCGACGUAGUCCCUGCGAAAUGCUUGACCCACCCACCAUCUCUCUUUUAUAUUUAUAUAAUAUUAAUAAUGAUAAUGAUAAUGAUAAUGAUAAUAAUAAUAAUAUUAAUAUUAAUAAUAAUAAUCAUUAUCGCGUGUAUCGUAUCGUACGAAGGCAAUUAUCUCUAUCGUUGAACGAAGCGUUCGCUCGUGUUUUUUCUUAAUUUUGCGUUUUCCUUUCUUCCUUUUCGUUUCAGUUUUUAUUUAUUAUAUUAAAAUGAUGAAUUUAUCGUGUUUAUUGUUAUUGGAUCUUCCUCAUACUCGUAUAAUUGGUCGCUAUUGCGGUUUAGAAAUUAAUUCGUCGAAGUGAAAAGAAUCGGAUAAAAUGAUCGACGCGGAUGUGAUAAAUGAUAGAUAAAUGUCGGCACAGCUUUAUUAGGUAUUUUUUUUCUGCUUUUUUUUUCUUUUUUUCUAACGAAGCACACCCGUAAGUUAAGAAUGUAUACGUACGUAUAUACAUAAAAAGACAAUAUGUAUUUAUUGUUUAUGCAAUUAUAUAACUUGCAAAUCUUUUCACCGCGUUGAUUUGCGAGAUCAUCGAUCGAUCGAUGGAUCGAUUUUUUCCUUUCGUUCAUUUUUAUUUUUACUGUUUUAUUCUUUCUUCUUAUUUUCUUUUCCCCCUUAAUUAUUUAUCUUCUAAUUUCUUUGAUUGUCGAUUCCAAUCUUAAUGAAAUUAAAAUAAUUUGUUCAUUUUUAAACACGCUCGGCUAUUCUUCGUUACAUGAAGGGAUAGAAUUCGGACGAGAAAUUCCUUUCGAUCGAUCGAAAAGAACGAGGAAAAGAAAGGAUCGAGAUUUAACUUGUAACUACAUUUUGCACAGAGAAAAAAAAAAAGAAUUAUAAUUAGAUUUCACGAGUUGUAUUUAAUAAUUAGAAUCGUUUGAGAGUAUAAAGAGAAAUGAAAAAAAAAAAAGUAACAAGAUAAAUAAAAGAAAAUAAAUGAAACGGUUCGCUUGAAACUCGAGCCGUUUUGAUAUCGAAAAAAGCUACCGCGUGGGGAUAAAUUAAAAGUAAAUGAUGUUAUUAUAAAUCAAUUAUUCGGGCGUUAUUUCCCCUCCCCUCCCCCCUCUCUCUACUUCAGUAUAAUUAUAAAUAAUAUUUGUUCGUGCGUGCAGCGAAUGAGACAAUUAAACGCGACAGUAGAUACGCGAUUAUAAAAUUUUUCGAGUAAAAAUUAUCUGACCCCAUUUAUUCUGGGAUAUAUUACGUGUAUCUCGCUUUCAGUCGCUUAUCCUUCUCUUUUUUACUUUUCUAAUUUUAUUCGUUAUUUUAUUUCGUUGUUUUCUUUUUUUUUUUUAACUUUUUCUUUGUUUCGUAAACGCGACAGGUACAUGAAACAUAUUAUGAGAAUACUUUAGAACUUUUAUUUAUUGUCGUUAUCUCUGCCACUCUAACUCAAUACAAAUUGACACGUUAAAUGUUCUAACGUAUUUUCUAUUUCCAAAGGGGAGAUGGUUAUUACAAUUUUUCUUUUCUUUCUCUCUCUCUCUUUCUAAUUUUUUUUUUCUUCUUUAGAUGUUAUAAUCGAUACGUUUCUCGAGAGAAUAUUACGACAGUUUCUUCUUAUUGAUAUAUCGUUCGUGUUAAUAGUUUGUAUGUACUUCGUUGGAUCGUUAAAAUAUGAUCUUCGGAUCGUUUUUUGACGUGAAUAUAACGCGUUCGAUCUUUUUCUAAUAUUUUUCUUUACGUUCGCGUUAAGAAAAGAAAAGAAAAAAAAAGAAACGUGAUACUCCCCUUUUCUCCCUUUUCGAAACGAAAUCAUGUUGACAAUUUGUUUUGAGCACUUGAAGUAGCACUUUUUAACUUUAUAAGUAGGCAUACUCACACGUCAGAUACACACGAAAGAAUACACUCGACACUUAAAUACACACACUUAAGGGAAAAAAUGAUAAUGGAUUAAUGGUAUUCUAAAUGUAUCAUAUAUAUGAUGGCUGUACAAAUGUAACAUUUUUUUCCAUUAUGUAUGAAGAUAAUGAAACAAAAAAAAAAGAAAGGAAAAGAUUUGAUGCAAAAAAAAGAAAAGGAAAUAUAAUUGAACAAGAAAAAGAAAAUAAAGAAAUUAAAAAAAGAAAGAAGAGAAGAAAGAACACACGUGUGUGCGACGAUCGAUAUGAGGUCGACGUUAGAAAUCGGCGUUAUUAUCGAUCCGAUUAAUUCACCCGCGUGAGUGAUUUACCAAUAAACUAUUACUACUUUUAAUUAUUAUGAAAUACAAUUUCUGUAAUAACAUUAUGAUAUAAAACCAUACAUUGAAUGGCA